UUAAGUUUCCAGUUCAAUCAAUAUGAAGUACUUGUUCGCUUUUGUAAUAAUACCAUUACUCUACGCAGAAAUUGCGUUUGGGUUUGAACAUCCCGAAGCCUUCUGCAUAAAGAAGCAUAAGGAUACUGAUUUUGAGUGCAUUCUCCAUUGUAAAUUCAAGUACUACAACUUUGUUGAUGAUAAGUACAACAUUAAGGACUAUCACAUUCGGAAUUUAGCUGACUUCUUGAUUAAUUACAAUGUGGUUCCUGCUAACAAAAGGAGAAAUGUGGAGGCACAUCUUAGAUCCUGUGUGACCAAAUCGAUUAAAAAGCAUAGAACACCGAGUUGUGAUAGUAUUUUCAGUUAUUAUACGUGCAUAAGUGAUGAAAAGUUGAUCUACUUUAAUGACUACGAUAACGCUAUUAGGCGUUACGACCAAACGCUUACAGUUGUAACUAGAAAGAACUAGAAGUUCAAAUAUAAUAAAAUUUGCAAACUUUGAACUUUAA